AUGGCGUCUCGAGUCGCGCUGUUCUCCCUCACUCUCCUCGUCUCGCUCGCCGUGACCAGCUUAAGCUGCGUCGCGGGAGCCGCCCUGGUGCCGGGCCUGUCCCUGCAUGACCCCGCCCUGGUGAACGCGUUCCUGCGAAGCACCAACCUGAGCAACCCCCAGGCUUCGCACCGGAAGCACGGCGGCCGCUCCAGCCUGUUCCCGGGACCCCCGCUCUUCGCCGUUGGCUUCGUGUCGCUCUGCUGCCUUCCCCUUGCCCCCAACAUGAAGGACAUCCUCAUUGCGGAAGCCGAAGGGGACGCUGACGAGGAGCCGCACACGUCAAACCCCACUUCGCAAUGCGAGGCCACGUCGGCACAGGAGGGGCCUCCCACCGGCUCGGCUCACGGUUUGGAGGUGGAGGCUGGCCCGUCUGGUAGUGCGCCUCCCCCUGGCGGCCCGCCUCUGUGGCACCAGGUGGGCGCCUGCUGCCUGCUGCUGGCGCAAGCUGCGGUCGGCACCCCGGCGGCCAUGCCGCAGUUGGUCCCUGCCACCCACCUCGUGCGGCUCGGCCCGCGCCCAGAGUCGGCGUUCCUAAUUUGGGUGGACAUGUGCAUGGUCAUGACGGGCAGUAUGGCUAUCUUUGGCGGCGGCGUCGGGGGUUGCCUCGCUCUGCUGCUCUGGUCGGGUGGGCCCUCUGCGGGCCUCCUCGCGAGAACCAAGACGGGUCCGGCUACUCUCGCACGCAGCGCGGCGACGAGGACCUGGAAACAGGCGCACCGCCGGGCCACAGCCAGGCAUAGCGGCCAGCAGGGACAGGCCGCGCGCUCGUCAUGGGUCGUCGAGGUGACUCUUCUGGAGACAAGCCAACGGUGA